GCAUAUACCCCUAUGAAUUGAUCCCUAUUGACUCUGAGACUCGUAUCACCCUCUGUACCCAUAUAGCUUGACCCACAACAGGCUGUAGCAUAAAAAGAGCAAGGUACCAGACUGUUAUAUGUGUGCCAGCCGCUGUACCCAUGAUAUCUUGACCCACAGAAGGUGAUGCUCAGUGUGGUCCAGCGAGCGACAUCAGCAAGGAACCUCGUCAGGCAGUAUUGUUGUUCAUUCUCAGCAGCACACAGUCGCUGGAGACCUGCUCAGAGUGCACCGUACCAGAACAGCACUGCAGCCAUGUCUACUUCUGCAGUGCCGUCUGUCGCUGUCAAGACUCGUGGCAUUGAAAAGAGCGUGUGGGUUGAGUUUAUCCAGCUGGCAUUGGAGGUCAAGCCAUUAAAUCUUGGUCAGGGCUUCCCUGACUUUGCCGCGCCAGACUACGUUCGGAAGGCGCUUGCCGAGGCUUCCACCAGUGAGACCAAUGUGCUCCUGAACCAGUACACUCGGGGCUUUGGUCACCCACGCCUUGUCAAUGCCCUCGCAAAGGUGUACUCCAAAGCCCUGGGCCGAGAGCUCAACCCAAUGACGGAAGUUUUGGUGACGGCAGGCGCGUACGAGGCGCUCUUUGUCACCAUCAUGGGUUUGGUUGACCCUGGGGAUGAGGUCAUCAUCAUCGAGCCGUUUUUUGACUGCUACUACCCACAGGUCAAGCUGGCCGGUGGCACUCCAGUCUUUGUGCCUCUUCGCCCACGGAAGACCGAGGGAGUGACCAGCUCGGAAGACUGGGCGCUGGACCCUGACGAGCUUGCUGCCGCCUUCAACAGCAAGACCAAGGCCAUUGUUGUCAACACACCAAACAACCCGCUGGGGAAGGUGUACAAGCGCGAGGAGCUGAUGAUGAUUGCAGACUUGUGCAAGAAGCAUAACAGUGUCGCCAUCAUGGACGAAGUGUAUGAAUGGAUGACCUACACGGGCCAGGAACAUGUCAGGAUGGCCACCCUGCCAGGCAUGUGGGAGCGCACCAUCACCAUUGGCUCAGCUGGUAAGACUUUCUCCGUCACCGGCUGGAAGACUGGCUGGGCAUACGGUCCGGCCUACCUCCUCAAGGGGCCACAGGUCAUCCACCAACACUCUGUCUAUACAUGCACCACCCCUGUACAGGAGGCGGUGGCGCAGGGCUUCGAGGAGGAGCUCAAGCGCUACGGAACCCCUGAGUGCUACUUCAACUCUCUUCCGGCGGAGCUCGAGGUUAAGCGUGACGCAAUUGUGAAGAUCCUGAGCGAAGCCGGACUCAACCCGAUUGUUCCUGAGGGCGGCUACUUCAUCAUGGCGGAUGUGAGGGACAUUGCCAGCAAGGUCGACAUCGGAGGAGACCCAAAUGAACGUAAGGACUUCAGGUUCGUCAAGUGGCUGUCGCGGAACCGUAAGCUGCAGGGCAUUCCUCCUUCGGCAUUUUUCUCACCCGAGCACGGAGAUAUCGGAGAGAACUACAUCCGCUUCUGCUUCAUCAAGGAGGACAAGAAUCUGGAGAAAGCCGGAGAGAUUCUUCGUGCCCUCAAGAAGGACAUCGAUGAAGGGAAAGUGUAAUUAUUAAGACUCCAUGACUUGUUACCAGCAUGCAGCAUUACUCCAUGUAUAGGAAAAUAUGUUUAUAUCCUGAUGAUUGUGGUGGGAGAAUAUAAUCUUGUUGAUGACGAAUAAACUGUAAAUUUAU